GUUGACACUAGCAAGAGGAGACGGCAGCAUUUUCUGUCCCGCAUUUCCUCCAGAAUUUUGUGUUAUGCUAUAAACAGACCUUCAUGUGAACGCAGAGGGAUCCGUGUCCUAAAACCAACGUGUUCCAUCAUUUUUUUCCCCACGCGUUUUCUCUAAUGCUUUGACAUCUGGAAUGUGCUGUUUUCUUGCAAGCGUUGUUUCCAUGUCAGCAUGGGAACUGCAGUGUCCAAAAGGAAGAAUCUGAAAAAUGAUGCGAUUUCUUCGGUGGCAGCCAAAGUUAGAGCAGCUCGUGCAUUUGGAGAGUACCUUCACACCCAUCCUGAGAACCGCAACGGAUCAGAUCACUUACUGUCUGACACCCUCGUUGGCCACGACUCUGACUCUCCAGACAGCCUGUGCACUCAGAACAACAACUUCCACAGCUGCACCCUCCAGGGCUCAGCCGUCAGCGCCGACCCCAGCUUGAUCAAUCCCGCCCUGGGCCUUCUGGAACCGCCACCUCCGGCAACUUCCUCCAAGAGUCGGCUGUCCCUAGAGCGCAGCUUUUCGGCAGAGGAGGAUCAGCAGAAGUGCGUGGAGUGUUCCCUGCAGCCUGCUCGGGUCUACACCAUCACCGGAGAGAGCGGCAUGCUGGGAACCAGCCGGGGAAGCAAGGAGAACCUGGAGCUCGAGGUCUUGAAAGGGGCGCAGGAGGCGUGUCAUGCCCAAGAGCUCGCCCAGCCCUCUACGUCCUCCAACUCGUCUUCUCCGACCCAGCACCACCACCGCCACCAUGGAAGUGGAAGCGGAAGUGGAUCUGGAAACCAUCAUCACAGCAACCACCAUCAUGGCAACCACCAUCACAGCAACACCAGCGGAGGUGGAAGCAGCGGAGGAACAAACCCCCACCAGCACAUCUCCAGUGCGGGGACGUCGCACCAUCACCAUGAGGUGCCCCAUCCCCACCACCUUUCCCAGCCUCUGCAGAGCUCGGUCAGUGCACACAACAUCCGUGGCUGGGGGGAGGGAAAGGACUGCGGCCUGGCUUGUGAGGCCUGUCCCGGGGCUCCCUCGCGCAGCCAGGGCUCCCUGGACCUGGAAAGCAGCACCCGAGAGGCAGGCAAGCAGCACCGGCCACCACUAGAGUGGAUGUGCAGUGUGGACCGCAUGACUGGGCUGGAGCGAGAAGAUAACAGUUGGUUCCCUAAAGAAAACAUGUUCAGCUUUCAGACUGCUACAACAACCAUGCAGGCGAUUUCGAAUUUUCGGAAGCAUUUAAGAAUGGUGGGCAGCAGAAGAAUGAAAGCACAAACAUUUGCAGAGCGCAGGGCGAAGAGUUUCAACCGAUCCUGGAGCGAUCCGACCCCUGUCAAACAAGACUCCUUAAACGACUCAAAAGACAGUGGGGAUCUGCAGACGACCUGCGGUACUCCAGAGGAGGGCGGAUGUGAAGACAUGGACUGGGAGGAGGAGAGAGAGAUGGAGAGACUAGCAUGUGAGGGGGAUGACUUCAUCCCUCCCAAAAUUAUGCUGAUCUCGUCUAAAGUUCCUAAAGCAGAAUAUGUUCCCAACAUCAUUCGAAGGGGCGAUACAUCUAUUAUACCCAUACUUUAUGAUCAUGAGCAUGCAACGUUUGAUGAUAUUUUGGAGGAGAUUGAGAAGAGAUUGACAGCCUACAGGAGGGGCUGUAAGAUCUGGCGCAUGCUGAUCUUCUGUCAGGGCGGCCCGGGGCACCUGUACCUGCUGAAGAAUAAAGUGGCCACUUUUGCCAAGGUCGAGAAAGAGGAAGACAUGAGCCAGUUUUGGAAACGUCUGAGCCGGUUUAUGAGUAAAGUGAAUCCAGAGCCGAACCUGAUCCACAUUAUGGGUUGCUACGUCCUGGGCAAUCCGAAUGGAGAGAAGCUGUUCCAGAAACUGAAGAACCUGAUGAGGCCUUAUUCUGUCACGUUUGAGUCACCGCUGGAGCUCUCCGCUCAGGGCAAAGAGAUGAUUGAGAUGUACUUUGAUUUCCGUCUGUUUCGACUUUGGAAAACCCGGCAGCACUCAAAACUCCUCGACUAUGAAGAUCUCGUGUGACCCCACGCGGGUCAGCGCAUAGCAUUGCGGGCAGAACGUCCCACUGUAAAACUCCAUUCCACCAGCUUUCAUUUUGGAAUACAGGAGGAAGAGGAGUGGAGAUGGACACAGCUGCACCCUCGAGUAUUGUUUAUUUCAGCUCGCCUCUGUGGACUUCGACCACCUCAGAACGGUAACACUCAACAAAACAAAAACGAAUGGCAAGUGGUUCAAAACACAAGAGAAAUCCGGAUAUGUGGUGUUUUUGUUCUCUAAUGGAGAAAAGAGAAGCCGUUUCUCAGAACUGGUUGACAGUCUGUCGACUGUUUUUGUUUUGAACUAACCAACAGUUAUCGAUCACUAGCCCAGACCGUUGUGCUUACAAAAGAGUCCCGCCGAAACUUACCUACCAGAAUACAAAAAUGGUCAUAUAUGAAAUAACAACUAAUAUAUCAGUAUACAUACAGGAUAUACAUCUCAUGAGUAUAUAGAGUAGCUAUAGUCAUGCACAUAAUCUAAAUGUCAAUGGUACACAAUUUACUUUUUCAAUGUUUAUUGUUGUGGUCUUUCUAAUGAACUAUUUUGAAUAACUCAGGUUUUAGGAUCUACAGAUAUAUUAAUUACUAACCUAUCCAAAUGUGUGGAAGUAAUUUCGGUGGAAAGAAUGUACAUUCUGCCAACAUACAGUACUUAUAUGUGAUCAUUUCAGAGGCUUAGGAAUCUUUUGUCAAGUUUUGCUUUUGGCACAACUCAUGUCUCCACAUUAUAUGCCAGUAUCUGUCCCUCCAACAUAAAACAUACACUGUAGGCCCACAUUGCAAAACACAAUCAUACACAGUCCCCAAACUGGGAAAUCGUGACUUCCAGUCAUAAUAAUAGAAACACUGACCUCAAUAUAGCCAGACAUCUACACCAGGUGCACCUGAAGCGUAGGCAGGAACAUAGCAUUACAGGGAGACGUUACAGAAUUGCUCAAAUAAGCGCUUGUGUCAAUGUGUUCAUAACAAUUAGGCUGCUUUCACACUUGGUUUGAUUGCUUGGUCUGAACCCGUCUGUGUUUAAACAUAGAAUUCGGCUUCAAAUGGCAGUAUAUUUGCGCCUUCAUCAUGUGUACUUCAAUGAGUACAUGUGGCUGCUAUCAAGUGUUAUCCAGUUUACUUUUUACUCAUGUUUUGUCGGUUUGGUUUUAAUACCAAAUUUUAAUGUGGCAAUUCCGUCUGUAUUAA